CCUACUAGAAUCUAGAAUAUCGUGAGAUAACAAAUUUCACUCUAUAAAUUUUGUAAUCUGCUGUGUAGUUGUGUUCAUCUAUGAUCUGUGCAGAACAUAACCUCAAAUGCAGAUAGCAGAAGUGGUGGACAAGAGUAGUCGUUGCCAUUAAAAAGGAAAAUACAAAUACUUUAAAGGAAGUUGAUAAUGGAGACUAUAUUAGAACAGCAGAGGCGAUAUCAUGAAGAAAAAGAGCGUUUGGUGGACACCAUGGUCAAGGAAAUGCUUCAAAAGAAAAAUACAUACAGAGAACAAAUCAAUUCGGAUCACAGAAUGAAGUACCUUCUAGAUAGAUACAUGACAUCAACCAACAAAUUGAUCGAUCUGUAUGAAGACAAGGAUGGUCAAAGAAAAGCGGAGGUUGCUUCUCUCACUGGCCCCAAUGAGUUCAACGAGUUUUACAACAGAUUGAAGCAAAUCAAAGAUUUUUACCGGAAGCAUCCUAACGAGAUUAGUGUACCGAUGUCUGUUGAAUUCGAUGAGCUGACAAAAGCCAGAGAAAACCCGUCUGAGGAAAUGUCCAAUUUGGUGGAAUUCACUGACGAAGAAGGAUACGGCAAGUUCCUGGACUUGCACGAGUGUUAUGAGAAGUACAUCAACUUAAAGGGAAUAGAAAAAGUUGACUACAUAUCUUACAUCAGUAUGUUUGAGCAACUCUACGAUAUUCCCAAGGAGAGAAAAACAGGAGAAUACCGCAAGUACCUGCUAACGCUCAUUGAAUAUCUUUCCUGGUUUGUUCAAAGAAUUAAGCCACUUCUGGAUAUAGACGCUCUUCUGGACGACGAAGUGCAAAAAACCGCGCUAGAAUGGGAAGCAGGCAAUUGUCCUGGUUGGCCUAAAGAAACUGGUUCAGCCCUAGCCAAUGUCGGUGCUCAUCUGGAUUUAUCGGCAUUUUCCAGCUGGGAAGAAUUAGCAUCACUUGGCUUGGAUCGGCUCAAAUCUGCCUUGAUGGCUUUGGGCCUUAAAUGUGGCGGAACUCUAGAGGAAAGAGCUCAGCGGCUGUUCUCUACAAAGGGGCAGAGUUCACUGGACCCCUCUCUUAUGAUUAAGGGAACAAAGGGCAAAGCCAAUAAAGGAAAGGAGGCCCUUCGUCAGAAAGAGCUCGCUGGCUUGGAAGCCCAAAUUUAUAGGCUUUCGGAGUUGGUGAGUGAACAGCGAGUGGCUACUAAAGAAAACGUGCAGCGUAAACAAGCCAGAACAGAUGGCGAAAGAGACGAUAGCGAAAACGACGAGUCUGAUAACGAAAGUCCUGAUGAAGCCGAUGAUGAUGUUCCGUAUAAUCCAAAGAAUCUUCCACUUGGAUGGGAUGGAAAGCCCAUUCCGUAUUGGCUCUACAAGCUACACGGCUUGAACAUUAGUUACAACUGUGAAAUCUGCGGCAACUACGUCUAUAAAGGACCAAAAGCCUUCCAGCGGCACUUUGCCGAAUGGAGACAUGCCCAUGGAAUGAGGUGUUUGGGAAUACCGAAUACUGCUCAUUUUGCGAAUGUUACUCAGAUUGAGGAUGCUCUAGCUCUGUGGGAAAAGUUGAAAACUCAAAAGCAGAGCGAACGAUGGCAACCGGAAACCGAAGAGGAAUAUGAGGAUUCUCAAGGGAAUGUGGUUAAUAGGAAAACGUAUGAGGAUCUUAAGAGACAAGGUUUACUUUAAGUUUUUUAAAUUUUUAUUUAAAUGGCGGUUAUGGUUAGUUUUUGUAAAGAACAUUCAAAGCUUCAUCAAGCAACGGAGUGGAGUAUUGGCUAAAUUUUAGGAAAUAAAGCUGUGAGAAUAUCACUUAUUUUCCACAUCCACCGCCGCCACAUUUACUUUUUUUGGGUGGUCUGUAAUUUGAGGAACUCCCUGGCCCCAUGAGUGGAUGAUAUUCUGAUAAUUAACAGUACAUUUAAUUUAAGAAAAGCAUUUUGAGUAUAUUCUAUCUACCUGGUC